UGUGUGAUAAAAAAUCCUUACUUUUUACAGAAUCAGAUCUUUGAAAGAGUUUUGCUCCUUGAUACAUGUCUUCAAUGGCUUCUCCUAUUGUUGUAGAAGAUCGUCCAGCUCCGCUCGAUGCUACAGCUGAUCCACCUGCUCUGUUCGACGGAACCACUAGAUUGUACACAAGCUACGUUUGCCCAUUUGCUCAACGAGUUUGGAUCACCAGAAACUUCAAGGGUUUGCAAGAAAAGAUUAAACUUGUUCCUUUGGAUCUUGGGAAUAGGCCUUCUUGGUACAAGGAGAAAGUCUAUCCAGAGAACAAGGUGCCAGCGCUUGAGCACAAUGGAAAAAUCAUUGGGGAGAGUCUGGAUUUGAUCAAAUAUCUUGAUAACACUUUUGAGGGGCCUUCCCUUUACCCCGAGGAUCAUGCAAAAAGAGAGUUUGGCGAGGAGUUGCUCAAGUAUACUGAUACUUUCGUUAAAACCAUGUAUGGGUCACUCAAAGGGGACCCCUCUAAAGAAACCGCACCUGUGUUAGAUUAUCUGGAAAACGCUCUGUAUAAGUUCGAUGACGGGCCAUUCUUCCUCGGUCAGUUAAGCUUGGUUGAUAUCGCCUAUAUCCCGUUUAUUGAAAGGUUUCAAACUGUACUCAAUGAACUAUUUAAGUGCGACAUUACUGCAGAACGUCCCAAAUUAUCGGCAUGGAUCGAGGAAAUGAACAAGAUUGAUGGCUAUGCACAGACGAAAAUCGAUCCUAAGGAGAAUGUGGAGAUUUUCAAGAAAAAAUUCAUGUAAGGAAGCAGCAAGAAGUAUAGUGUACCGGACCAAACCACCUUUCUUCGGAUAUGAACUAUGAAGUAAGAACCAGACGAUGCAAUAAGAUAUGUACUUGAAC